AUGUGGGUCGCGACGGCUAGCCGUCUCCUCUUGUUCUUGGAGGAAGGGAAGGUGAACAUUAGCAGCUGCACGCUUUUGGGGCUGGAUGAAGCUGACCGGAUGCUGGCGAUGGGUUUCGAGAAAACGCUUCGCUCCAUCGCGGCCCUCGGCCGGCCUGAUCGUCAGACGCUCAUAUUCGCCAACUCUGGAUCGAGGGAGAUUGGAGACCUUGCCGACUGCUUGCUUAAUGACUACGUCCAGGUUAGCAUCGGUCGUUGCAAGCUGGUGGAGAACCAGCGGGUGGAGCAAAUGGUCAUAAUCUGCGAGAAAGCUCACAAACUUGAACGGCUCGUCGCUUUGUUGCAGGACACUCUCAGGGAGAAAGAGGACAAGGUCAUCGUCUUCGUCGAGACUAGGUUGACGGCGGACGAGAUGGUGCUCGAGUUACGACACCGGGACUGGUCCGUCGUCGGCAUCCAUGGCGCGAAGGCGAGAGACGAGCGACAGAAGGCGCUUAACGCGUUCAAGUCGGGCUCUUCGAGCAUUCUGGUGCUGACCGACGUUGCAGCUCAGCGACUGGACGUCGACCGCGUGCGCUUCGUCGUCCACUACGACCGACCAGCGAAUGCGGACGUCUACGUGAACCGGGUGAACGGCGCGUCGGGCUGUGACGGAUCAGAAAUGGCGUACGCCUUUCUCGCUCCGGACGACGCGCGUCACGCGAAAGAGCUCGUCUCUCACCUUCUAGACUCCGGCGAGAAGAUUCAUCCUCGGCUCCUCGAAAUCGCCGAGGGGGCAUCGCGCUGCGUCGCGUAUGAAGAGAAACACCGACAGCCCCAAGCAAAGCCAGCCGCAGUGCGCGUGCCAGCCCUGCCUGCGCACGAGCUCCGGCCGAGAAGCGAGCGCGCGCGACGGUGGAAGACAGCGAGCAAGGUAGGAUGGUUUCUUCGCAAGCCCAACUGGAAGAACAUCCAACUACAGCCGUUCGAGAAGAACCUCUACGAGGAACACCCGGCCACGGCAAGCCGGUCGAUGGCCGAUGUGGAAACCUACAGAAAAGCGAACUGCGUAUCGGUGAAAGGGCGCGACGUGCCGAAACCUAUCCUCGCCUUGGAAGAGUCCAACUUUCCGGACUUCAACGUCAAAGGUAUUGAGGCCGGGUGGGACUACACGUUACCGACUCGCAUCGAGGCCAACUGCUGGCCCAUCGAACACUCGUGCAGGAACUUUCUCGGUAUCGUCAGCACGUCAGCUGGCAGCCGCACCGGCAGCGGCAUGAAGGACCCAUCGCCGUCCUUUUGGCCCCGACGAGCGAGCAGGCCAAGCAGAUUCACACCGUGGCCUCAGAGCUCGUUCCUCGAGGAAGGCCAGGUGAACCUCCACCGGUGCACGUACCUUGUGUUCGAUGAAGUGGACCGCAUGCUGACUAUGGGCUACCAGCGCCAUGUUCUCAAGAUUGUGGAGCUUUGCCAACCGGACCACCAAACGAUAAUGUGGGCCAUAUCCUGGCAGCAGAAUCUGAAGCCAAUUAUUGAGGAUGUGCUCGACGACAACGUCGAAAUAAGCUUUGGUACGACGCCCCGGCCUGUUGAAAACACCGUGAAAAUGACCGUCGAUGUGUGGCCGGCGGAAGACAAAGAAGCGAAAUGGGCGGAACUCUUGGACGACGUCCUCAACGAAAAGACAGACAGAGCCGUGGUGUUUGCUGACACUAAGUGGAAGGUGGAAUAG